ACGCACCUGGACGCUUCUGACAUGGGAAAAUUGGAGAUCAAUCAACUUCAUUGACAUUGUGGACUUCCUGUGACCUGUAUGACAUUACUAUGGCAACCCUGUCAUGACCGUCACAGGGUCAGAAGUGGCCAAUGAGAUGCUGCGCUGCUCCAAGACAGGGCUGCAGUGUCCAUGCUGUACAGAUUGACCAAUCAGGUGAGAUUGGUGUCAUCUGUCAUGGUCGUCAGGGCAACUAGUGGUUGUGAGGGAGGUGUCUCCAUGGUGAUAUGGCUUCAGUGUUCCAUCUGUCUCUGGUUCUUCCUCUGGCCUUCAGCAGGGUGUCUCUCCCCUCCUCAGAAUGUGUCUGUAGAGUUUCUGGACUUCCACGGGACAGUCCACUGGCUGGCCGGAGCUGACAACACCAACCAUGCCCACUACUCUGUAGAGAUACAAGCACUCAGUGAGUCAUGGUGGCAACCCGGUAACUGCAGCAACCCCGUUGCCAUGGCGUGCCCCCUGGACAUUCCACUGACCUGCCUUUUAAAGAAUUACAAUGUCAGAGUGAGGGCGGAGCUAGGAGAGCAGACGUCAGCCUGGAAAUACCUGGAAGCCACAGUACAGCCCUGGGCAGACACAGUGUUGAGUGCCCCAGUUCUGAAGUUGAAGGUGGAGAACCAGAGUGUAUUUGUGUCGCUGCGCCAUCCUUCUCAGAACAUCUUCAAACUCUACAACAUCACACUGCUGCAGAUCGCACAACAUCACAAUACCACGGUUCUAUCAGACGUUGAGUCGGGCUCAAAGAGAGAGUUCUCCCUCCUCCCUCCAGACCACACCUACUGCAUCUUGGCCUCAGCCAAUCACUACAGCCUACGCCGUCACAUGACUGGUGAGAGGUGUGUCAAACUGCCAGGUCAGCCAAGCCUGGUGGCCGUGACUGUGGGCGUGACUGUGGGCGUUCUGCUCCUGCUGCUGGCUGUUCUGAUUUGUCUGAUCGCUGUGAGACGCUACUUCCUGAGGAGCACAGACCCCCCUCCCACAGCUCUGGGUUUGUGUGUGCGUUCAGCAGGGUGCGUGAUGACUCCGGAGAAGGUGGGGUGUGUCCCAGUGAUGUGGGUAGAGCCAGAGAGCUGUGGGACUGCCCCCUCUGGUUACCAGGAUUACCUGCUGAGAGCCGUCGUUACAUUUCACCUUGACGACCGCCUGGAGACAGAUACCCUCCUACCACAUUCAGAUAUAGGAACCCCUCGAACAGUCACCCUACUGACCCUGUCUCCCUCCUCUCCCUCCUCUCCCUCCUCUCCCCCCCGCUCUGACUAUAGUCUGGCCUGGGACAGUGUAUCCAGCCAGAGCGACACAGGGACACACACAGACAGAACUACUAACAUAACUACAGACAUAACUAUGGACAUAACUACUGACAGAACUAUGGACAUAACUACUGACAGAACUAGAGACAGAACUAUGGACAUAACUACUAACAUAACUACAGACAGAACUACUAACAGAACUACUAACAUAACUACAGACAGAACUAUGGACAUAACUACUGACAUAACUACAGACAGAACUAUGGACAUAACUACUGACAGAACUACAGACAGAACUACUAACAUAACUACAGACAGAACUAUGGACAGAACUACUGACAUAACUACUAACAUAACUACUAACAUAACUACUGACAUAACUACAGACAGAACUAUGGACAGAACUACAGACAGAACUAUGGACAGAACUACAGACAGAUGGGACAGCAGGUCCCAGCAGUCUCCGGAUAGACAAUCUGACUGUAAGCUGUAUUCUCCUGAGUUAGAGGUCAGGGGUCAGGGGUUGGGUUUAGAGGUGCAUUCUCCUGGAGCCAGUCUCUGCUCCUUCAGUGAAUAUGAACCUCGCCCUGACCUCUAACCAGGGGUAAGGAUGGCUACUUGUGUUUCUGCUGCAUAUAUUCAUUGUUAUAGUAUUUACCUGUUUAUUUUGAGUUUAUUGUUUUUAGUUCUGCCUGUCUUUCCCACCAAGGACCAAUUGGUGUUGGAGCCGAACUCUUACCUUUAUGUUUGAUUAAUAUUUUCUAGGCUUUUUCAGAACUUUUACUUUGGAAUGAGCACGGUAACCCCUGUCCCUGGUCAGACGUGUUGACCCCUCAGGGGGGGACUGAGGACGCACUUCACCCUCAGGGGUGAACACACCCGAACCUCAGGGGGGGUCGAGGAGGUAAUGUUGUAGAUGUUGUAUAGGUGCAGCUGUAGAACCUUUUGAGGAUCUGAG